AUGCUGCCCAUAGACGUGAUACUCGGGCCCGGUGCUCCGACCACCUUCACUUUCGGUUUUAAUUUGGAAAUGGACCCCGUUCGCUUUCGGAGGACUGUUAACGAAAGGACCGCUUCACUUUUGGACGAAGCGCUAUCCACUUCCAAAUCAAAGUCCGAAUCCAAUGUGAAGAACUAUUUUUUUAAAUUUUAUUUUAUUGUUUUAUGGUAUUUUAUUAUAUUUUUUUCGGAACUAAACAAUCACAAAUUUUCAUUUUCUGUUUACCUGCAUUACAGCUCGUUAGCAUUCUAA